CUCCAUUAUCCUCUCGGAGCUGUGGAGGAGGAAAACCAGACACAAAAGAAAAUGUCAGUCUCAGCCAUAUUCGGUACACGGAUGGUGAUGAUGCGGAACCCAGUUGCGAUAAGCGGUGGCGCCACCAAAAACACGGCGGCAACAAGAAUUGUUCCUGCGGGCGAUUUCAGCGGUAGUGGUGGUGUUGGGUUGGUGAUAGAAUGCUCAUCGAGGCCACAGAAGAAGGCAACAGCACAUCACAAGAAGACUCGCCCGCGUAAGUCUCAACCGUGGGACAUCCGCCGACGUGGGCCCACUGUUUACCCGCCUCUCCCUCCUCUGCCGCCGGAGUGGACCUUUGUCACUGAGACCACGGCUGAUGGUCAGUCUACCGCUCCUACUCCUCCUCAGCCAGCUGAGUCCUGAUAGUGGCUUCUUUGGUUCAUUGGCCUUCUAGGUUUACCAUUUUAUGUCAACAUGCUUGAGGGUAAAAUUGCUUGAGGUUGUUAUUUAUUUUACUCCAACUUUUAUUUUCAAACUUAAAUGCAACUUUAACAUAUGUUGGGUAUUUUAAAGGAGGACCCUUUUUUUUCACUGUGCACAUUGGUAAAUUUGUAUCUGCAAUCAAUGAUAACAUAUGUUUUGUGUGUCA